AUGUCCAACAAGCCGACAGCUCUAAUUACUGGCUGCUCCGAAGGCGGAGCCGGUCACGCCCUCGCUCUAGAAUUCGCAGCCAAAGGCUAUCGAGUCUUUGCGACAGCUCGAUCCACUAAGUCCCUUACAGGUCUUCAAGAAAAGGGCAUCGAGCUUCUGACACUUGACGUGACUAAGCCGGAGAGUAUAUCUGCUCUCAAGGAUGAGAUCAUAAAGCGAACGGGAGGAAAGUUGGAUAUUCUGUUUAACAAUGCUGGAAUGAUGUACGAGGCCCCCGCCAUUGAAGCCGACAGAGAUCAAGUUCAGAACAUGUUCAACACCAACGUUUUUGGUCUCUUCGACAUGGUCCAGGCCUUCACUCCACUCCUUCUCGCAUCUGUCGCCGACUCAAAAACACCACCCAUCAUCAUCAACACAGCCUCGGUCCUUGCGCGUUUGCCUUACUACUUCUCCGCCCAGUACAACGCUACUAAAGCAGCAGUAGCCUCUUACUCUGACACUCUACGUCUUGAACUCGCCCCCCUAGGCAUCAAGGUCAUCACUCUGUACAUGGGAGUAGUCGCUACAAAUCUCCUAUCGCCUGACAAGAAGAUCCUUUCCCCUGACAGUAUCUACAUUGAUACCGAGGAAGGUCUUCACGAGAGAUCGCGACUUCAUCUCAAGAAUGGUACCAAGCCCGAGGAGUUCGCACGGGCGGUUGUGAAGGAUGUUUUGAAGCACAAGACGGCUUUGAGCAAGGGUGAGUAUAUUUGGCGGGGAGCGAAUGCGUAUGUUAUUUGGCUUCUCAAUGCCAUUGGAUGGAGAAAGAUCUUUGAUGGGAUCUCUGAAGGAGGCGUUGGUCUUACCAAGGAUGUGAAGAAGGCAAUUUAUAAGAAGGGCCAGGGCAGUCUGCCAAAGUCUAGUUAG